AGCGCGCCGGAGCAGCCCGCGCCGCCGCCGCCGCCGAACUCUGCUAGCCCCGUGCCGGCGCGCGCCACGGGCGAGCCUCCGUUCGCCAUUCGCACGCCUACGCUCCCUCGGCCCCCGCGCGAGCCGCUCACGGCCAAAGCUCCGAAAAAAUCGGGACUUCUCCGUCAUCGCCCCCGACGCGCCGCCGGGUCUUCGAUCCUCUCCGCAGCGCCACCGCAGGGUGGUCCUCGUCGCGCACUCGCGCUCCUCACCUCCGAGACGGAGCCAUCUUCCCCGAGCAUCAGCCACCUGCCCGUGUCUUCCACCUCUAGACCAUGCGAGAUUGCGAGGCCUGCUUCUCCCCAGUCUAAUCCACUGAAGAGCACUGAAGAAUCUGUUCCGUGCCACUGUGACCCGCAUACCGAGCAUGGCGAGAAGCGCCGCCGCCCGGCUGCUCGCCUGCUCCGCUCGUCCCUUCCUCCCUGGCCACCAUCACCACCACGCGCGCCGCCCUCUCCUCCUCCUUAACUCCCGCUCCUCCUCCAACCUUCCCCGCCCAUCGCCUCCCCGAGAUCCCGGCUCCUCGCUCUUCCAUGAAAUCUCGGACCUGGUCGCCUCUGCUGGUAACGGCGCAGCAUUACAGCCUGAAAUGAAUGACGAGGCGUGUCGUUAUGAUCGCGGAGCCGUUGCUGUGCAGUGCGCGGAAGGUGCUCGAGGAAUUGCCCCAGAGAGUGCGACUGCGGCUUCCAGCUCUGUCUUGCGCAGCAUAUCCAACAUGGGCCACCAAGAUGGCCUUCCUGAUGACGGGAGUCAACCUUCUGACACUGCCGGUAGUACAGUAAAUCAUGACACUGACAAUGUCAGUGAGUCUGUGCACAGGAUCAUGGGAGUUCUCCGGUCCCAGGUACCCGGAUCGUCCAUGGAGAAGAGGCUGGAGAGCCUUGGGGUUACAUAUACACCGCAGCUUGUUAACAUGGUGCUGAAGAGGUGCUUCAAGGUGAGGCAACUGGGGUUCUGGUUCUUCCACUGGGUGAAACGACUCCCGGGGUUCCGCCACACAACAGAGACAUACAACACGAUACUCUACAUCGCGGGUGAGGCGAGGAGCUUUGCUAUCAUGGAGGAGCUGGUAGGCGAGAUGGAUAGACAGAUGUGCACCAAAGACAUCAAGACACGGACGAUCGUAUUAUCCAGUUAUGGGAAUGCAGGGCAUAUUGGCAAGAUGCUGUCAACCUUUGAAGCGAUGAGGAAAUCGGGAUCCAUCGAGAUAGAUAGUAAAGUCUAUAGGAAGGUUCUUCAUGCUUUGUGCAAUGCUCAGAAGCCUGAGCUUGCUCUUGAGUUCUACAAGGAUAUGCCCAGGAACAUGGAGGUGGGAACUGGCACUCUUCGACUUCUAAUGUGUUGUCUUGCAACAUCAGAUAAUGCUGCUGAAGCUGUCUGUUCUAUCAGAGAUGAUAUGAUUAAGGGUAUGAAGCAUCCAGAGGAAUACUGCUACAUGGAAGCUCUACGGAGCUUUUGCAUCGCAGGAAAGGUAGAGGAGGCAUGGAAAGUCUUUCAGCAGAUGAAGAGAAAGUCAAUGGCUAGUCCAUCUGCAUUUCAGAACCUCCUGAGAGGGCUCUGCAAAGCAGGAAAAAUGGCUGAAGCUCUGCAGAUCAUAGAAUACAUGAAAGGUACAUUAGGUAUAAACAGUACAGCAUUUGCUUUCCUCAUCGAUGGCUACCUGAGAAAAGGAGAGCAUACCAAGGCACUUGACUUGCUGCGGGUAAUGGGAGAGCAUGGAUGUGUUCCAUUGGUAUCAUCUUAUACUCAGCUCAUGCAACACCUAUUUGCAAUUGAUCAGUACGAAGAAGCAUGUGGACUGUUUGAAGAGAUGCUGAAAAAUGGUGUCGAACCAGAUAUUGUUACAUUAACAGCAUUGAUUGGUGGGCAUGUUCGUAGCGGACAUAUUUCUGAAGCAUGGGAUGCUUUCAGGAAUAUCAAUAAGAGUGGUCAGAAACCCACAUUGAAAGCCUACACUGUGUUCAUCCAAGAGCUCUGUAAGGCUGCCAGACCCCUUGAAGCUGUAGAACUUCUGAAGGAAAUGCUGGAAUCUGAUUUCAGACCUUCGCAGGGAACUUUCUGCCGGGUAAUUUCUGCUUUACGUGACAAAUUUUAUUUGGAAGAGGUAAGUAAUGUUGAGAGGAUUUGGGCAUCUUUUAAUCUGCGAAGCUCUAGAGAUGGUCCGCAAUUCAAACCAUUGGAUUGCAUUGACACUGUUGAUAAGUCUCGGAGGCUACACAAGUCUAAUCCAGAAGAUAAAGAACUGGGAUUGGAGUUCAUUGACUAUUCUUCGGAUCAAAAUGGCAAGCUCUCCGGUUUCAAGCUUUCUGAUGACACACAUAAGAAAGAACAAGAACAGGACUACACUGAUGGAGACGUCGAAACAAUAUGUCAGAUUCUGUCAUCUUCCGAUGAUUGGGGCUCAAUGCAACAGGCACUGGAGAUGGGAUCAGUCCAUUUCAGUCCUAACCUUGUUGAUGCCAUUCUGAAGCGUUGCAAAAGGAAUAGUCGUGCUGCUUUGCAAUUUUUCUCAUGGGUUGGGAAACAAUCUUACUACAUGCCAACAACAAAAACAUACACUACAGCUAUGAAACUUGCUGGCUCUGCAAAAGAUUUCAAGCACAUGCGGUAUCUUUACAGAGAAAUGUUAAGGACUGGAUGCUCCCCAACUGUGGAUACAUGGAAUGUCAUCGUCUGUCAGUAUGGCAAUGCUGGUCUGUCUGAAAAGGCAUUGGAGACAUUCCGUGAAAUGAAGCGACAUGGGUUUCUGCCCGACAAGACUACUUACCAACACCUGAUAAUGUACCUUACCUGCAGUAAAGGACGGAAAGUUGAUGUGGCAGCCGUCAUCUUCAAAGAAAUGUGCCAUGCAGGCCAUACACCUGAUAAUGAUACAGUUUUCAAGUAUAUUUCAGCUCUAUGUGAGUGCAGGAAAAUAGCUGAAGCAAGCAGCUCAGUAGUAUCCUUAUGUGAACGAGGAUUUUCUGUGCAGGUUGCCUAUUCUAUAUUUCUUAGAUCAUUGUGCAGGGCUGAUAGAAUGGAGGAAGCUCUCAGUUUGUUCAAUUGUAUUGAGAAACAUGGUUGUUCCAGGGAUCAAUAUAUGUAUGGGAGUCUCAUCCAUGCAUUGCUAAGGAGGGAUCAAUUUGAACAUGCUGUUGCCAAGCUUACAGAAAUGAAGGAAGCAGGGAUACCUCAAACCACCCAUAUGUAUACCUCAUUCAUCGUUUAUUACUUUCAGAAGAGAGAUGUUGUCAAGGCUUUGGAUGUGCUUAAGGAAAUGGAAGAAAAUGGAUGUGAGCCCACAGUUGUCACACAGUCUGCUCUUAUCCGUGGCUACAUGGGAAUGGGUAUGGUUUCAGAGGCUUGGGAUGUUUUCCAACAAAUGAAGCUGAAAGGACCUGCACCAGAUUUUGGAACCUACUCUAUGUUCAUAUCAUGCCUCAGCAAGGCAGGCAGAUCGGAGGGUGGGUUGCAGCUGAUUCAUGACAUGUUGGAAUGUGGUUUCAUUCCCAGCACAGUAAACUUUAUGACUGUUGUCCAUGGUCUAAAUAUGGAGGGCAAGCAUGGGCUAGCUGAGUCUGUGCUCCGGUCAAAAUGGCACUUGAGGAGGCAAAGAACCAUCUCAUAUUAGUUUAUGUUUCUCUCAUGCUCUCAAAUAUAUUUUGGGAGUUCCAAGUUCCAAGUUGGACAGCAACAUUCAGUGUCGGUUGUGUUUUAAAAGGUUAUUUGUUAUAUGGCUUGAGGUCUCACGAGCUACAAGACAGAAUGAGACUAAAAGGAAAAAUCACGAUGCACCUCCAUUAAUGCCUCAAGGACAUCCAAGCUUUCCUACAUCCCCCAUCCCCUUCACCAGCAUCAUCGAAGGCAUCAUAUUUCUCCUAUAGCCCUACUCUGCCUCCAACCUCUCCCCUACCAGAGACAAAAGCACCAUCAGCUCAUCCUAUUUGGGCAUCACAUCCGCCACCACCUAAUUCUGAUUGCAAUCAUCAUCAUGCCCAGAGCCUAACAGAUCCACUUGCUGGAGCCCCAGACCCCCAUGUGCCUGUGUUCUACCAAUCAGAUUUGUCGAAGUGUUGACCUUUAUUCAUUCUUUCCAUUGGUCUCUGAUUUUGCUGAAGAGGGUAUCUUCUGGGGGUAAACAUGGCACAGAGGCAGGUCUGUGUAAUUUGUGCAAAUGUUGGUGGUGAUCAACCUGACAAAGCAAUGGUUCUUGUUGAUCUAGUACCAAUGCAAGUGAAGUUCAACAAUGCUACAGCGUUUUCAGCUUUUGAAAGCUUGUGGAGCAACAACAAAAAAAUCUUUAAAACCUUCAGUCUUUGGGGACUAUGAGACUCUGUAUAUCUAGGUUUGUGGUCUUGAUAGUGCUUAUUUACUGUCAAAUCUAUUUAAUGUCAUUAGAAUCACAUCAACAUACAGUGGACAAUGCAGUGUCACUUAAAUCAUGCGCUAUCUCAUCUGUUGAAUUGUUGAACAUGUUGACGCGGUACUGAUUUUAAGGGCAAUGAGUUAGCGAGUAAUGCCACUGCCAAUCUUACCAUGUUAUUUGCAGAGUUGUAAACUUGCUGAUGCUAAUCAAUAUUUGAAUAGAAUGGGAGUCACCAUUAGGGAUA